GCUGGCUGCCUGCGCGCUGCCCGCCGCCUCGCCUCGGGCCCCGCUCCGCCCCGGCCCCGCUCCCCCUCCCUUGCCGCGGGCUCCGGGCACAUGGAGCUGCUCUGCGUGGAAGGGGUCCCCCGUGUGCCCAGGGCCGAGCGGGACCCGCAGCUCCUGGGGGACCGGCGGGUGCUGCAGAACCUGCUCAGCCAGGAGGAGCGGUACAGUCCCCACGCUUCCUACUUCCACUGCGUGCAGAAGGAGAUCAAGCCCUACAUGCGGAAGAUGCUGGCUUUUUGGAUGCUGGAGGUGUGUGAGGAGCAGAAGUGCGAAGAAGAGGUCUUCCCCUUGGCCAUGAAUUACGUGGAUCGCUACCUGUCUUCAACGCCCGUGCGAAAAAGUCAGCUGCAGCUUCUGGGAGCCGUCUGCAUGCUCCUGGCUUCCAAGCUGCGCGAGACCAUGCCCCUGACAGUGGAGAAACUCUGCAUUUACACAGACAAUUCCAUCAUGCCUCAGCAGCUCCGGGACUGGGAGGUUCUAGUCCUGGAGAAGCUAAAAUGGGAUCUCAUGUCAGUGAUAGCAAAUGAUUUCUUGGCUCACAUCCUCUAUCACCUCCCACUUCCAAAGGACAAGAUGGAGCUGGUGAAGAAACACGCGCAGACCUUCAUUGCCUUGUGUGCCACAGAUUACACUUUCGCUAUGUACCCACCGUCCAUGAUUGCAACAGGCAGUAUUGGAGCAGCGAUGCACGGCCUGACGAUCUCUGUUAAUGAUUUCACCGGAGAGGCGAUCACCGAGCUGCUGGCCAGCAUUACUGGCACGGAGGUGGACUGCCUGAAAGGCUGUCAGGAGCAGAUUGAGGCAGCCUUAGCCGAGAGCUUGAAACAGGCAUCCCAAAGCCAACAGAAAUACAGAUCCACCAAGACUGCUGCUUACGCUGCCAGCCAACCCACCAGCACACCUACAGAUGUCACAGACAUCAACCUGUGACCAGCCUCCCCUUCCCGAGAGCUGCCCAGCCCCAUGAGAACAGGACCUUGCCCUGCACACCAACAGGUCUUUGGCUUCCACCAACUCAUCCGUUAACCCCAUCCAUUUGAAGCCUGCUGAGGAUUUGGUCUUCUUGCUAGGUGCACAGAAAGAGGGCUCCAUGCUUGUCUGUCUCCACUUCUGUAAUGCUGGAGAGGGACAGCAGAAAGGUGUUUGGGCGACCCUCAUGAUGAGCCACCGAGGUGAGUGCAGGAGGCCAGUUGGCAGAGCUUGCUGGCUUCUGCAGGUGGCAGGGAUGAGGCAGCCGUUUUCAUGGUGGUGGGACUCAAGAAUAGCUGGGGAGGGGGUGCAGAAUCCAAAAUGAAGUUGUAAAAAGUUUCUCAGUUUGUGUUCCUCUUAGCCCAGGUGGCCACUGUUUGCUGUUUCCUUGGUACUGUUACCAUGACCACUUCCAGCCCUGCAUGGGCCAUCAAACACUUCUUACCUUGGCUUACACAACCAAAAUGUCUAUAAGUCCCCGCCUCCUCCUCCUAGGCUGGGGUGCUACAGGACUGCUUGGCUCACAAGAGAAACAAGUGUCCAGAAGGAGAGAGCGGGCACUUGUCAAUCCCUUGGUCCUAAUUGCUUAGUACCAGAGAGUUACGGCUCCUGGGGAGUGAAUGGCAUGGCUGCUUCUGCUUGGAGGAGAAACGUGUAGCUUGUUUCCUGUUGCCAUUAGAUUUGGAAUUUGCGGGUUUUUGGCUUGCUUUGGGGAAGUGCCCCCUAUUUGUGUGGACAGUAGAAGAGGAGAAGUUCUCGCCUCAGGGAGCAGCCUCUCGGGUGAGGUUUGGGUGUGGUGUACUCAGCGGGGACAGUGCAGCUCUGGAGUGCAAAAACACUGUAAAUCACCUCGGCUUUCCACUGCCCCACUGAGGCUGCUUAAUUUAUUCUUAACUGCUGGGAAACAGGGAGGGAAGAAGACUUGCAUUUUUUUUGUUGUGGGGCCUGGAUGCCGGUUUCCUUCCCUUCCGAAAGAGUGCCUUGAUUGCCUUUUGUCCCCUUCCUUAGCUCCCUGGGCAGUGGGGAUUCCCACUUGGAAGCUGGUUGGUUUUUUUUUUUUUAGGUAGGUCAGACAUCAGACUUGAUUUUGAGAGAGAAUCUUUGAAUGUGCUGCUAUCGUCUGAAAUGCAUCUUCGCUCCUCUAAGGCAGGAAUCUCGGAUCACAUUGAGGAGGGGGCUGUUUUGCAUAUCCAUGUGGGUUUGAGUUGUAUCCUCGUAGGGUGGAAAAUCCGCUGCACACUUCAGUUGAAAAGUGAUUGCAUUUUUGUUGUGUUGUUGUUGAUCCUGUCUGUUAGUUUUAUAAAAGUGUUUUAAAAAAAUAAUGCUGCUUUUCUAAGAGAGACCAUUAAAUUGUAGUAUUGUAUUAACAAAGAGAAGCCAGAGAGACUCUGCAGGGAUGGAAGCAGACUAUUGCUGCUUGGUGACCUCUGGACACAUAGAUCUGUGGCUGUUGUCCUCCUGUGGGGGAAAAAGGAUGUGGAAAUACUCCUUUUUGGAUGCCACUGGGAACAAAAGUCUUACCUGGUGGAGAAAGGUGGGGCUGCCCUUCCUCCACUAGCAUGAUCUGUCAAAAAGUGCCAUCUGCCACUGACUUCUGCUAGCUGGAAGGGGAGGGGAGGAGUGUAGAGCCUGUCUGUACAAAAGGAAAGAAAUUAUUAUAUAUAAAUGAGUUUUUAAUUUAAGAGUAAACUAGUUUGGUGUUCAUAUGCAAGAGUCCCACUGCUGGGAGAGUCAAAGUCGUAUGAUGUUGCAAUAAAGUAUUUUAAACAAA